AUGAGUAACAGUUUGGAGGAGCGCUUGAAAAGCCAUGCUUCAUCUUUUGAUGGAUUGUUAUCCCUAAUUCCUGCCAAAUACUAUUAUGAAGACUCCAAUAAGUCUAACGAAAUAAGAGAACAAGGCAAGCAGAAGAAAAAGCCUAUAUCAGAAGUCAGGCAAGAUAAGAAGAAGAAAUUGGACCCUGCCUUCCAUAGUGAAAAUGUCGAAACGGCUACUGUGAAGGAUGUGAUGAGGAACAGAGAGAAGGCUGGAAAGGGAGCUGUUAUACCAGGAAACAAAAAGAUCCAAGUAGACGCUCAGGACACCAGUGAAACAGAUGAAAAGGACAACGAUAACAACCACAAUAUCUUAGAUGCUGAACUUGAGAAAGACAGAGAAGUCCCCGCUCCUUUAAAGACACAAGAACCUGCCACCAUUUUUGACGACGAAGGAAAUGAAAUUAAAAGCAAGGAGAUGUCUUCUGAAGAAAUAGCUCAGCAAAAGGCAAUGAAAGAGAAAAGACUCUCCGAACUGCGUAACAAGCUUACCGCCAAAAUCAACAACAUGAGAGAGAAACGUAAGGCCCCAGGAACUAAUGCAAAGGGGGCCCCAAUGUCACGAGAGCAAAUCUUAGCCGAGAGAAAACGGAAAGACGAACUGAAAAAGAAAAGACAGCAACAGCAAAAGGAAAAAGAGAAAGAGAAGGAAAAAGAAGAGGAUAGCGAUAGUGAUGACGAUGAUGAGGAGAAGAUAGAUGCUGAUGUCAUGUUCAAUAAUAUCAAGUUCACAGAUGGUGAGAAGGUCUCCAGUGAUCUCUCGUCCUUAAGAAAAGUUAAGAAAAAGGGCCCCUCUCAUGGUGACUUUAAGGCUCAUCUUCAACUUCUUGAACGCCAGAAAGAGAAAUUUUCCAAACUUGAUAAAGAGCAACAAGCGCAGAUACAGGAGAAGGCGCGUUGGAAUAAGGCACUGGCUGGUAUUGAAGGUAAGAAAAUAAAAGAUGAUGAGAAACUACUGAAAAAAUCUCUGAAGCGCAAGGAGGUUAAAAAGAGAAAGAGUGAAAAAGAAUGGAAGGAUAGAAAGGAGACAAUUGAAAUUACCCAGAAGGCAAGGCAAGAUAAGAGAGAGGAGAAUCUGAGACUGAGAAAAGAAAAUAAAGGAAAGAAACGGAAAGAUCAAACACGACUCAAGAAGUUUAGUGGUAUUGUAAAGCCAACACGAGCUGGAUUUGAAGGCAAGCAUAAACGGAAGUAG